AUGGACGCGUUUAAACUGUUUGGGGAGGAAGGCCACAUCGGUUCCCAGGCCUCCACGGCUGACGCUGCCGUCGGCAUCACCACCGCCGCCCCGCGCGAUGGCGACGACGCCGCCCCUUCCGGUACCAUUUCCGGCUCCUGGGGGGGUUUCAGAGCUGCCGUCGAUGUGCCUAAUCAAGCAAAGGCAAGCGUCGACGUCGAUGCGGAUGACGAGGAGACGUACGACACCGCGACGAAGGCCUCGACAGCACCGGUGAACUGCCUGAAGCUGCGAGUCCACGGCGGUGACGGCAGCUCAGCUGAUGCACUAGGAAUCCCCGUAACGGUUCCCAGUGGUGGUGUGACAGCUCCCAUGACUGGCGACACAAGCUGGCAGGGGGCCCUUAGUUCCGGCGAGAAAGGAGGCAGCGACCGUCUUGGGAACCGGCGUGGCCUCCUGGACCUCCCCCUCGUUUCCUUUCCGCUGCCCCUGGACCGGACGCUCGAUCAGGUACAAAUAAACACUGGAUAUGUCCAAGUUCAAGUGGACAAGGCCCAGGGCAGCGGCUGCGUGGUUAUCCCCGGCAUCGGGAGAUUCGGCUGGCAGGGCGGAUGCUAA